GGAGAUUAGCAUUAGUCUCCGUUCCACACAGCCAUGUGGCCAAGUUGAUGGAUAUACUGUUAAAAAAUCUUUUUCUCAUUUUAAAACUUGUUUUCAUUAUAGAAAGUUUAGAAAAACUAAAAUACAAUUUAAAUCACAAGUGUUGAGUAAUAAAAAAAUAUAUUUUUUUUGAAAUACUUAGUGAAAAAUAUUGAAUUUUAAUUGUAAUUGAUGUUUUUUUUUUAUUACUGAUUAUUCUGAUAAUAGAGUGAUUCGACAAAAAUGAGUUUACGUGUUCAAUCUGGAGUAUUAAAAACAAUUGUACGGAGCAAUGUUCGUUCAUUAUCUCAGUUUUACAGCAUCAAUGAUAAUGCAUUUGGAUUUAAUGAACAACAAAAGGAGUUGCGAAACUUGGCAUUCAACUUUGCACAAAAGGAGCUCUCUCCAAAAGCCGCAGAAAUUGACAAAACAAAUAAUUUUGAUAAUAUGAGGCCAUUUUGGAAGGAAAUGGGAAAACUGGGUUUUCAUGGAAUAACUGCGAAACCGGAAUAUGGCGGUACUGGAGGAACUUAUUUAGAUCACGUAAUUGUUACAGAAGAAAUUGCUAGAGCCUGCGCUGCUGUGAGUCUUAGCUAUGGAGCCCAUUCAAAUUUAUGUUUGAAUCAAAUUCAUAGACACGGUACUGAAGAACAGAAACUCAAAUAUUUACCAAAGCUCUGUAGUGGUGAACAUGUGGGAGCUUUGGCAAUGUCGGAAGCGGGUUCAGGUUCAGAUGUCGUUUCAAUGAAAUUAAAGGCAGAGAAAAAGGGCGAUUACUACAUUUUAAAUGGAACCAAAUUUUGGAUUACAAAUGGACCAGACGCUGACACUCUAGUUGUUUAUGCAAAAACAGACCUAAAUUGUGCUAAACCACAACAUGGAAUUACGAGUUUUAUUGUGGAAAAAGGAACUCCCGGUUUUAGCAUUGGACAAAAACUAGAUAAAUUAGGAAUGAGGGGUUCAAAUACAUCGGAAUUAAUUUUCGAAGAUUGUAAAAUUCCUGCUAGUAAUAUUUUGGGAAAAUUAAAUAAAGGAGUUUAUGUUUUAAUGAGUGGAUUGGACUUAGAACGACUUAUUUUAUCAGCUAUUCCCAUUGGAAUUAUUCAAGCAUGUUGUGAUGUUGCUUUUAAUUAUGCACAUGAGCGAAAACAAUUUGAUAAACCAAUUGCAGAAUUCCAAAUGAUUCAGGAAAAACUUGCAAAUAUGCAUAUGGCUUUGUCCACCAGUAGAAAUUAUACAUAUAAUGUUGCAAGAGCAUGUGAUGCAGGUUAUGUUGAUCGAAAAGAUUGUGCCGCAGUUAUCACAUAUGCAUCCGAAUAUUCAGUAAAAGUUGCUCUUGAUGCUAUACAAAUUUUAGGUGGAAAUGGAUAUAUUAAUGAUUUUCCAACAGGAAGAUACUUAAGAGAUGCUAAAUUAUUAGAAAUUGGUGCGGGUACAUCGGAAAUUCGAAAAAUGGUUAUCAGCCGUGCAAUAGCUGAAAAUUAUGUGUAAUUAAUUGUUAUUUACUAAAUUUAUAUUGUUUAUUUUUUUUAUAUGUUGAUAUAAAAGAAUAAUUUAUUAUAAUAUUUACUUAUUAUAAAUAUUUUUAUAAAUAAAUCAUUCCUGAAGUAAA